AUGCCAGAUGCUCCGUUCGCCUUCCUCCCCUUGGGAGCCAUCAUACAAUCCAUCAAGGUCAACGAUACAAACAUCGUUCUUGGAUUUCCCACCCAAGAGCAGUACGUGCAAUACAACACUGCCUACUUUGGCGAGACCGUUGGCCGCGUUGCCAACCGCAUCAAGGGCGCUCAGCUUGACAGCGUCAACGGUAAAGUCUACCCCUUGGCCGCCAACAACGGACCCAACACCCUGCACGGCGGCAAUGUAGGCUGGGGUAAACGCAUCUGGAAGGGCCCCGCGCCCGUUGGCAUCAAACAGAUUCCCGGGGUGCAAGGUCUCCAGGGCGGAGAGAGCGUCACCUUCACUCUUGUCAGCGAGGACGGAGACGAGGGCUUCCCCGGCACCGUCGCGGCCAAGGUCACUUACACGACGGGGACGCAGGUCGUCGACGGCAAAGAGGUUCUCCUUCUGGGGAUUGAGUACGAGGCCGAAUUGGUCGACGGCGCGGACGAGACGCCAAUCAACCUGACGAACCAUUCGUACUUCAACCUCACGGGGAGCGCCGAUAUCGAGGGGACUGUUGUCACCUUGGGUUCCAAGCUCCUCCUACCCAAUGACGAAUUCUCCGUCCCUACAGGGGGACCGGUUCCCCAUGCCAGCAUUGACACGACGCAGCCCUUCACUCUUGGAGCUACCGAUCCCCAGGUUGACAACUGCUUUACCAAAACUGCGGAGCCGGCUUCUGUGCCCAUUGACACUCGUUCACAGCCUCUUGUCCGUGAUUUGGCAGCGCAUCAUCCCCAGACUGGAAUCCAUCUGGAAGUUCUGAGCACCGAGCCCUCUUUCCAGUUUUACACUGGGGACUUUACGAAUGUGCCGGCCGUCGAGGGAGCUUCUGCAAAGGGUGGGCGAAGCGCCUUUUGCUGCGAGCCUGGCCGAUGGGUGAAUGCUGUCAAUGUUCCUGACUGGAAGAGCAUGACCAUGUUGAAAAGGGGCGAGACGUAUGGCUCCAGAAUUGUAUACAAGGCGUGGUCUGACUAG